UUCCUUUUUGACUUGCUCGUCGUCCGGUGUGGUUGCCGCUUCGUUAAGUUGUACAUUUCGUGUUCCUAUAAUUUAGGUAUUUGUUAACUGUUGCAUUUAUAUCAUUCCAAAUCGUUAGACCAAAAUGGGUAAAGAAAAGACUCAUAUCAACAUCGUCGUGAUUGGUCACGUAGAUUCUGGAAAAUCGACCACCACUGGCCACUUGAUCUACAAAUGUGGCGGUAUCGACAAACGUACGAUCGAAAAAUUCGAGAAGGAGGCCCAAGAAAUGGGCAAAGGCUCCUUCAAAUACGCCUGGGUUUUGGAUAAACUCAAAGCUGAGCGUGAACGUGGUAUCACCAUCGAUAUCGCUUUGUGGAAGUUCGAAACAUCGAAAUACUACGUUACCAUCAUCGACGCCCCCGGCCACAGAGAUUUCAUCAAGAACAUGAUCACCGGAACAUCUCAAGCCGAUUGCGCUGUCUUGAUUGUGGCCGCUGGUACAGGUGAGUUCGAAGCCGGAAUCUCCAAGAACGGCCAAACCCGUGAACACGCUCUACUCGCCUUCACCUUGGGUGUGAAACAACUGAUCGUCGGCGUUAACAAGAUGGACUCCACCGAGCCCCCAUACAGCGAAUCGCGUUUCGAAGAAAUCAAGAAAGAAGUGUCUUCCUACAUCAAGAAGAUCGGCUACAAUCCGGCCGCCGUCGCUUUCGUCCCCAUCUCGGGAUGGCACGGAGACAACAUGUUGGAACCGUCCACCAAGAUGCCCUGGUUCAAGGGGUGGAACGUAGAACGCAAAGAAGGCAAGGCUGAAGGCAAGUGUUUGAUCGACGCUCUGGACGCCAUCCUGCCCCCAUCUCGCCCCACUGAGAAACCACUGCGUCUUCCGCUCCAGGACGUGUACAAGAUUGGCGGUAUCGGAACUGUACCUGUCGGCAGAGUGGAAACCGGCAUCCUCAAGCCCGGUAUGGUCGUCGUGUUCGCCCCUGCCAACAUCACCACUGAAGUAAAGUCCGUCGAAAUGCACCACGAAGCACUUCAGGAAGCCGUCCCUGGUGACAACGUCGGCUUCAACGUCAAGAACGUGUCCGUUAAAGAAUUGCGUCGCGGUUACGUUGCUGGUGACUCCAAGAACAACCCGCCCAGAGGCGCCGCCGACUUCGUAGCACAAGUCAUCGUUUUGAACCACCCUGGCCAGAUCUCCAAUGGCUAUACUCCAGUACUCGACUGUCACACUGCUCAUAUCGCCUGCAAAUUCGCUGAAAUCAAGGAAAAGGUCGACCGUCGUUCCGGCAAGACGACCGAAGAGAAUCCAAAGGCUAUCAAAUCCGGAGAUGCCGCUAUCGUUAAUUUGGUACCAUCCAAGCCCAUGUGUGUUGAAUCAUUCCAGGAAUUCCCACCGUUGGGACGUUUCGCUGUUCGUGAUAUGAGGCAAACCGUCGCCGUAGGUGUUAUCAAGAGCGUCAGCUUCAAAGAUACUGGUGCUGGUAAAGUCACAAAGGCUGCAGAAAAAGCUGCCAAGAAGAAAUAAUUUUAACAAGUGACUCCGUUUAAUCAUUUUAUAUGUUCAUUUUUCAAUAAAUUUGGAGUUUUAAAGAUA